AUGUCCUGGGCAGAGGCCAUGUUUUCCGAGCAGCCACAGGACCUGGUGGUGGUGGCAGGCCAGCCUGUCACGUUACCGUGCACGAUCCCUGGUUACCAUGGCGUCGUCCUGUGGAUCAAAGAUGGCCUAGCGCUGGGAGUUGGCAGAGACCUCUCUGGCUAUCCUCGCUACACGGUGAUUGGCGACCAUGGUUCAGGAGAGCAUCAUCUGCGAAUCCAGCGGGUCGAGCUGAUGGAUGACGCUGUGUUUGAGUGCCAGGCCGUCCAGGCGGCCAUGAGGUCCCGUCCUGCCCGUCUCACUGUGCUGGUUCCCCCAGAGGACCCAGUCAUCAGCGGAGGGCCAGUGGUGAGUCUAAGGGCUGGCGACCCGCUCAACCUGACGUGCCAUGCUGACAAUGCCAAGCCAGCAGCCUCAAUCAUUUGGAUCCGCAAUGGAGAGGUCCUCAAUGGGGCCAUGUACUCCAAGACCUUGCUGCGGGAUGGGAGAAGAGAAAGCACUGUGAGCACGCUCUACCUUUCACCCUCCAACAUCGAGACAGGUCAGCAGAUCAUCUGUAAGGCCUCCAACAAGGCAGUCCCCAAUGGCAAGGAGACCAGUGUCACAAUUGACAUCCAGCAUCUCCCACUUGUCAAUCUCUCGGUGGAGCCUCAGCCUGUUCUGGAGGGCCAUCUUGUGAAAUUCCACUGCUCUGCAAAGGCCAACCCUCCUGUCACACUCUACAGGUGGGCCAAAGGAGGAAGUAUAAUCAAGGAGGUCUCUGGAGACACGUACGAGGUUAUUGUGGACCACUCCUUCUUUACGGAGCCAGUCUCCUGUGAGGUUACCAACCCUCUUGGCACUACCAACAUCUGCCGCAACGUUGAUGUUUACUUUGGCCCUCGCAUGGCUGCAGAGCCUCAGUCUUUGCAAGUGGACCUGGGAUCUGAUGCCGUGUUCAACUGUGCAUGGACGGGCAAUCCCUCCCUUACCAUAGUGUGGAUGAAGAGGGGCUCUGGUGUGGUUCUUAGCAAUGAGAACCUCCUGACACUGAAAUCCGUGAGGCAGGAGGAUGCUGGGAAAUAUGUUUGCCGCGCCGUGGUCCCACGUGUCGGAGUGGGGGAGAAGGAGGUCUCACUCACUGUCAAUGGGCCACCUACUAUCUCCAGCACACAGACACAGCAAGCGUUACACGGAGAGAAGGGACAAAUCAAAUGCUUCAUCCGAAGUACGCCUCCUCCAGACCGCAUUGCUUGGUCAUGGAAGGAAACCGUGUUGGAGUCUGGAACAUCCGGCCGCUACACGGUAGAAACGGUCACCACAGAAGAAGGAGUGAUCUCCACACUGACCAUGAGCAACAUUGUCCCAGCUGACUUCCAGACCAUCUACAACUGCACGGCGUGGAACAGCUUUGGCUCUGACACCGAGAUCAUACGCCUUAAGGAACAAGAAUCCCUCCCGGUGGCGGUGAUCAUCGGCAUUGCCGUGGGAGCGUUCGUGGCCCUUAUUGUCCUCAUGGGCACCAUUGGAGCAUUCUGUUGCACCCGCUCCCAGAGAAAGGAAGCGCACCUGGUUAUGCCCUCACUGCCCGUCUCCAUCUGUGCUCACCAGAGAGAACUUGCAAGCAAAAUUAAGACAGAAAAUCUGAAAGGAGUCGUCUCGGCAAAGAAUGACAUCCGUGUGGAGAUCGUGCACAAGGACCACAACGCGGCGCGAGAGAACGACGAGCACACCUCCAUGAAACAACUGAUGGUUGAGCGAGGAGAAUUCCAGCAGGAGUCUGUUCUGAAGCAGCUGGAGGUAUUACAAGAGGAGGAGAAGGAGUACCAGCACAUUAAGGACCCUACAAACGGCUACUACAGCGUUAAUACCUUCAAGGAGCCCCACACGCCUACCAUGGCAGGGAAUCAGUCCAUGGAAGUUAGGAACCCCACCAACACAGGUACCUUGGGCAAGCAGCGAGUACCGACGGGCAUGUCCUUCACCAACAUCUAUUCCACCCUGGGAGCAGGUCCCAACCGCCUUUACGACUACAGCCAGCGCUUUGUGCUGGGCAUGGGCAGCAGCUCCAUCGAACUCUGCGAGCGGGAGUUCCAGCGCGGCUCGCUCAGCGACUCCAGCUCUUUCAUCGACACACAGUGUGACAGCAGCGUCAGCAGCUACAGUAAGCCGGACGGCUAUGUGCAGUUCGACAAAGACAGCAAGGCAUCAGCCUCCUCCUCCUCCCACUAUUCCCAAUCGUCCUCGCAGAACUCUGACCUCACGCGGCCCCUGCAGAAGCGCAUGCAGACCCAUGUCUGACCACCAGGGAGGAAGGGUGUUUCACCAGGCUGUGACAAGAAGUCUGGAUUGUAAAACUGUGAAACAAUUAGCUCCCAGGAGCUGCUAAGGUAACUGUGUUACUGUGUGUUUCCUCUGGAUGCCUGGAGACGAAGGGACUGGCUUUAACUCGCCGGGCAACUUGUCUAGACUUCUCAAUGUCCCACAAAAGUGGAUCAAGAAGCCUUAUUUUUUUCAUCAUGCUUAACUCAUCAACCACCUCCUUUUUUAAACACAAAAUCAGAAUUGUGCCACAGAGAGGUUAUUUGCCAACACACAGACUCGGAGUCUGAACAUUUACUUCUUGGUUUUGACAGUGGGAUUGUUGGGCAGGAAUAUGAGGCUUUUGUGAGACAAUCAGUUCCCGUUGCCUUUUGAAGAAAAACGGAGAUUGCUGUAACGAGAGUUGAAGCUCUCAGCACGACCGGCAAGACAAUGAGUGCAAGCCAAUGUCCUGCUGCUCUCCUGCAGUUUGAAGCACAAAAACGAAUGUGCACUUGGUUUUAGUUAAAAAAUGAUAACUCUUCCCUCACCCCCACCUUCCCUUUCAACACUGUAUGCUAAGCUUGUUGAAACUCGUCUCCUGUGUAGGUGGAAGAAAAACUUUCUCCAUGUGCCCACAGACGUCUCAAGCACCGAAAAAGAUCGGCUGUUUUUUCCUCUCCGCAGCUGUAUCUGGGCCACAGAGCCGAGGAGAUAAAGCGGGGCCGAGAUCUCAUUUUAAAUCACUGAGUCAUUAUUUCACUUUGGCACUCGGCGAUAAAAAGAAUAUCAGUGUACAUAUUUGACUGCAAUUUCUUUUUUAGCAUCUAAUUUCUGACUGAUUGCCCUCAUGGAGGACUCUAAAAGAGACACGAGCGCCUCUUCUUCCCUCAUAUCGUCCUUGCCUUGAGGGUCUGUUUGAACUGUGUCAAUACAAACUGUGUCUAAACGAGAUAGACAUACAGCCAUGACUCCUCUGUCGAAGGGGAGCUGCGUCCUACGUUGGUGUGAACUGCGCUAAAUCCAACUUCUGAGGCAUGAGCUCCUCAGCUAACGCCGCAGAUCAUCAGCCGCACACUUGGGGGUCAACUGUUAAAUGAAAUAUGGACAUUAUAUUUGAGCCGAGCUCCUUAUUGUGUUGUUAUCCCAUUGUUGUUGUCAAUAACAUUGUUGACACUCGAGCUGCUGACUGUGCUCCUACCAGCGACCCUGCUGGUCAUCGAGGGACAUAACAUAUUUGGAGAAAUUGUUUCAUUUGUUGCUGUCUGCUGUUCAUCUUUGGCUACUGUGGAGCUGAUGGAGAAACGCUGACAUAUUCCAAGUGCAUCAGUUCAUUUUGUUGUCUUCGUCACUGUAUGUGAAAUGUAUUAUUUAAUCAUGGAGGUUGUAUUUGUUUUAGCUGACAUUAGAGACAGAGUAGUAACUAAUCAUGCAGAAACACAAACUCGUACUUUACGUAAAAUCUCAAAGCGAUCCGGUCAUCAACUGUGCAACGUUUUUUUUUGUUUGUUUGUUUUUUUGCAGAAGUUUGCAUAGUGCAGACACUGUCAAGUAUUCCAUCUUUAUUUUGGCCUGGAUGCUACCAAACAUCACAUUGUGUCAAAUUAAAUUCAGGCCUCCAAACCAGAUGGAAACCUAACACAAUUUGCCAUCAGAGAACACUGGUGUCUUCUUAAGCUGCCUUAAAGCAGACUUUGACUGAUAAGGACAAACCCUUCACAGUACACAGAUCAUAUCUGUCACAGCCACAGUAGCGUCGAGUCUAACAUCUCACAUCACAUUUGAUUUCAGCCACCAAAAGCCUCAUAUAUGUCUGAGGUUUUCAAGGUCUGUUUCCCCCCCCCACACUCACAAACACACUUUAUAGAAUCCGCCCGGCUAUCAUUUAAUCAUGUCUUUGAAGUUCCUGGAAAAUGUCUGCAGAAAGCUGUAAAACAGUGGCUCGUGGUGGCAAUGUCACUUUUGUUUUCCUAAACCAAACCAAAACAGAAUACAAAGCAUAAUAUGAUAUAUAUGAUCUAAUUAGGUUGUUUUUUUCAGUAUGCUCCAUGGUGCCACAGUCAGUUGGGAUAAAGCGAGUCUGAAACUAUGAAAUCUGACUCCCAACCCGAGAAAAACCAAGCAAAACAUUUCUAACAAAAGCAAGUUGUUGUUGUAAGCACUUUACAUACGAUUAGAUUCAAGGCAUUUGAAUGGGGUUUUCCACUUGAGUGGCAGUGGUUUGGACUCUAAUUUUACAAAUGGAUUGGUGCCCAUUGUAUAGCUUAAGACAAAAAGCUCUGUUUCAAUGCUGAUAAUCCAGCUUAGCACUUAGCAGACUGUAUAUAAAUCUCCAAUGCUGUCUUUCUCUGUAUAUAAUUUUUUUCCUGGCUUUUCUUUUCUUCCCAGUCAGAUUUCGCCACAUCGGAGGCUAAACAAAUCCACGUGGCAUCAAAACUGUACAGGCUGACAAUCACUUUCUGUUUGUUUUCUCUUGCUUGUCUCUCGCAAAUGACAUGAAUAGCUUGUGCGAGGAGUUUCUCGCCUUGCCCAGAUCUCACAGGGGAAAACUCGCACUCUGCACACAGAGCACACAGGAGGCUAUAGGAUGAGAAGCGGGAGCUUAGCUAGGACAGCUUUGAAGUGAGAUGCAGGAAGAGGUUAUUAUACCUUCAGCCCUUCUGAGAGAUGCCCAGAUGCCCAGCAAUAUAUUACAUUUGGCACCAUGAUGUCUGUCAAGUAUGCCUGAGCCGUUUUUUCAUUUAUUUUCCUCAGGAUUUAUGAGUGCAGGACCAAAUUCUUACUGGCUGAUAUUGGCUGGAGUCAAUUACUGUGUAGCUACUGAAAACACAAUUUUCAUUUAUAUUUAUAUUUGCAUAUAUUAUGCAUCAUUUUACAUCCGCAGCAUCCAAAGUCAAAAAUGUCCCCCCAUUCAAAACUUACACCAAACAUACACAUUCAACAUGUCUCUCCCUAAAAAGACAACAAAUUUGCCUUCCAGUCCAAAGUUUCCAAUUUUCCUUAUCCGCUCCCACACUGAUCCAAACAUAAUACAUUUUCCCAGUCCAGAGAAUCUGCACUCUGAACAGCAAACAGAUAAAUAUUUGAUAAGCCCCAGCCUUCUGUCCCGAUCCCCCCCUAGUAAAGCAGCAGCCACAGUGGGCGUGAGAGCGCCAUAGGACGCGAGUGCCAUGUCCGUCUUUGGAAAUCGAAGCCCAUGUGGUGACGGAAAUCUGCCCUGUUCACCUGCGGACGGUCGCUCUGGCCGGUGCUGGCGGCGCCUGUUUGCCCGGCCAGCAGGCAGAUGCCAGGGCAGAACAGAUGAAUAAACACAAACACCCACAACAAAUUACAAAAGGGGUUGCUGCCCUUUCCUGAUAAAACAAGAGCUACCCUUCCAGAGCAGAGGAGGCAGGUCUCUCGUCCAGCGACGUAAUCAAUUAAAGGACAGUAAUGUGGUGAGACACAGAGGUUAUGAGCAGUGUCAGGUAUAGGAUAGGUGUUUGUAAUGGCAAGAGAGUGAAGGUGCCAUUCGAAACUCUGGAUCGAUCAUAAUAACCCUUCUUUCUUUACUGUGUAAAUGCUUUCUAUGACUCUGUUUCUCUCUUUCUCUCUCACUUCUGUUCUUUUCUACCGAUCAACCUUGUUAGUACUUUAAUGACAUACUAAUGUAAGGGCUGGACUGAGUAGUAUUUGCAAACAUCCCCCAGAGUUUGCUUUAGCCUGAAGGGCACACCGGGGACUUUGUGUGGUUUGGUUUUGCAGCGUCCAGUGUACAAUAAAGCCACAGAGAGACUGAAAAGCAUUUGAAAGUCAAAUGAGUUUGCUUCUGUGAUUGGUUGAAUCGCUCUGUGUAAUGCAAACUAGUUUGCAAAUACUACAGGAACCAGGUCUAUAAAAAAGUACUGAACUCACAUGGUCAUUUGAAGAGUUUGUAUAAAUAAUGAACCAUAAACAUACAGUUAUAGUGAUGAAAAGACAACAUGUAAAUUCUAAACGGUGAACCGCUAUUUUCAGGCGGUGGCCCUCUGUAUCUAAGAAAAAAAAAAUCUGAAAAAAGGUUGUAUUUUAA